CAGCGCGCUCUUUUCGUGAUCCAUCAUGGCUGCCUCUGCCUCAAAGUCAAAGAAGACAAAUGGCGCUACAGAAAUCCCCUACGAGCUUCCGUGGGUGGAAAAAUACAGACCCCAUGUUCUUGAUGAUGUCGUUGGAAAUGCAGAUACUAUUGAUCGUCUAAAGAUCAUCGCAAGAGACGGAAACUGUCCCCAUAUCAUUAUAUCUGGUAUGCCAGGUAUCGGGAAGACAACAAGCAUCCACUGCCUGGCGCAUCAACUUCUUGGCGACGCGUAUAAAGAGGGCGUCCUGGAAUUAAACGCCUCUGACGAACGGGGCAUCGAUGUCGUUCGAAAUAAGAUCAAAUCAUUUGCUCAAAAGAAAGUCACACUGCCUCCUGGACGGCACAAGAUUGUCAUCCUCGACGAGGCCGACAGUAUGACAGCCGGUGCUCAGCAAGCCCUUCGACGGACAAUGGAAAUAUUUUCAAACACAACGCGUUUCUGUCUGGCAUGCAACAUGAGCAACAAGAUCAUCGAACCUAUACAGAGUCGUUGUGCCAUUCUUCGAUAUGCGAAGCUCAAGGAUCAAGAAAUUUUAAAGCGUCUUCUCGAGAUAUGCGAAAUGGAAAAUGUCAAACACAACGAUGACGGCCUCACCGCUCUCAUAUUCACUUCGGAAGGUGACAUGCGUCAAGCUAUCAAUAAUCUACAGUCUACACACUCCGGUUUCGGUUUCGUCUCGGGCGACAAUGUCUUCAAAGUCUGCGAUCAGCCACACCCUAUUAUCGUUCAAUCAAUGAUACGCUUCUGUCUCAAAGGAGAUAUUGGCCAAGCGAUGGAAAAACUCAAUGAUCUUUGGGACCAAGGAUAUAGUGCUGUGGAUAUUGUUGUCACAAUAUUUCGCGUCGUGAAGACCUUUGACGAAAUACCGGAAUACACCAAGCUAGAAUAUAUCAAGGAGAUCGGGUUCACACAUAUGCGGAUAUUAGAAGGCGUGGGCACUCUCAUUCAACUCGCUGGGCUCGUAGCUCGCCUUUGUAAAAUGAAUGUUAAACCCGAAUUAUUUGAUAUAUAGUCGAUACCCUACCCCGCAUUUUGUAUAUAUGUGUUCACUUCCGCGUUUCCGAUGUAAUUUUAUCCCCAGUACUUUUGCGGUGCUUGUGCUUUGCAUAAUAUAUGGACCCUGCACAGGGC